AUGAGUGACACAUCAUUUGUUCCGUUACCACAAAGUGCCGGAUACGCAAUUCUAGUUGGUUUGGGUGCAGUAUUUGCCUUUGGUAUGAUACUAACGACCUACUUGUUGAAAAGAUACAACAAGGAAAUCAUCACUGCUGAAGAGUUUGCUACCGCCGGUAGGUCAGUCAAAUCAGGUUUGAUCAGUGCUGCUGUUGUUUCAUCUUGGACAUGGGCAGCUACUUUGUUAACAUCAACUACACAAGCUUAUAAAAAUGGAAUAUUUGGUUCAUGCAGUUAUGCUUUCGGUGCCACUGUUCAAAUUACAUUGUUUGCUUCUUUAGCUAUCAAAGCUAAAGAGAGAGCACCUCUGGCUAGAACCUACUUGGAAAUUGUUCGUGCAAGAUAUGGUACUGUUACUCAUAUUAUUUACAUCUUUUGGGGUCUUGCUACCAACAUUUUGGUCACUGCUAUGUUGUUAAGUGGUGGCUCAGCAACUGUACGUGACUUGACUGGGAUGCAUCCUGUUGCUGCUUGUUUAUUGAUUGGUCUUUCACCAACGGUGUACUCAGUAUUUGGUGGAUUGAAAGCUACGAUCUUGACUGAUUAUGCUCAUACAGUCAUCAUGGUUACUAUUAUCAUCAUUUUUGCUUUUAGUACAUGGGCCACUAAUCACAAAUUGGGAUCACCUGGUGUUGUUUGGGACUUGGUUAUGAAAUUGGCUGAUACCAAACCAGUUGAUGGUAAUCACGAUGGAUCCUUCUUGACAUUUAAUUCCAAAUCAGGUGGUAUCUUCUUUGUCAUUAACAUUGUUGGUAAUUUCGGUACUGUGUUUUUAGACAAUGGUUAUUUCAACAAAGCCUUUGCCGCUGAUCCCGUUUCUGCUUACAAAGGUUACAUCUUGGGAUCAUUAGCUUGGCUUCCUAUUCCUGCGUUUUGUUCAUUGACUUUGGGAUUUGCUGCUUUGGCUUUGGAACAUACUGAGUACUGGCCAUUAGGUAGACCAAUGACUAGUGAUGAAGUUGCUGCUGGUUUAGUGUUGCCCAAUGCUGCUUCAGCUUUACUUGGAAAAGGCGGUGCUGUGUUGUCUUUGAUUAUGAUUUACAUGGCAGUUACUAGUGCAAUGUCUUCUGAGUUGAUUGCUGUGUCAACUAUUUCCACCUAUGAUAUCUAUAGGACAUACAUCAACCCCAACGCCAGUGGUAAAAAGUUGAUAUUCAUUUCCCAUAUAUCUUGUGCUGUUUUUGCUUAUGCAAUGGCUGGAUUUGCCAUUGGUCUUUAUUAUGCAAACGUGUCAAUGGGAUUUCUAUAUGAAUUGAUGGGUAUCAUUAUCGGUGGUGCUGUAUUGAGUUCAGCAAUGACAAUCUUGUCUGCUAAACAAAACUGGCAUGCAGCCACCUUCACUCCACCAAUUGCUACUGGAUUAGCUAUUAUGUCAUGGUUGGUUGUAUGUAAAACCAAGUUUGGUACCAUUUCAUAUGACAAUUUAUUUGAAGAUGAUUCAAUGUUAACAGGUAAUGUUGUUGCUUUGCUAUUCCCGUUGAUUACAGUUCCAUUGUUUACCCUUAUUUUCAAACCACAGAAUUUCAAUUGGAAGUUGUUGGAGACAAGAAUCACUCGCGUGGACGAAGAGGAAGAGUUGAUGGAAGCAACCAAAUCAGAUAAUUUCAAUGAUGAUGAAAAAUUGUCGCCUAUUAAAUCCCAAAUCUCGGUGAUUGCUAGUCAGUUGGUGGAAGAAGAGAGACCACACUACACAGAAGAACAACAAACAUUACAUCGUGCAUUCAAAAGGUGUGUUGCUGUUUGUUUAUUUUUAACCGUCAGUUUGUUAGUCAUUUGGCCAAUGCCAUUAUAUGGAAGCAAAUAUAUCUUCUCCCGUAAAUUCUUCACUGGUUGGGUUGUGGUAUUUUUCAUUUGGAUAUGGUAUACUGUUUUCCAAGUUAUUGUGUACCCAGUUUGGGAAGGAAGACACAGUCUUUACCAUACAGCAAGGGGUAUUUAUUGGGACUUAACCGGACAAACUUACAAGUUGAGAGAAUGGCAAAAUGCACACCCAGAGGAAUUACAUGCUGUUCAAUCACAAGUUAUUGCUCAAUUGUCUAAUCCACAAGUUGUUGAUGGUAAAGCUGUUGAGAUGAAUUACGGUAAUAUAGAUGAUGAGUUAUCAGAUGAAAAGAAGUAG